UUUCAGCAGAAAAUCAAGAACUAAUGAAAACGCUGAUGAUGAUUAUGAAAAUGAUCCACCUAGAAAUCGAAACAUCGUGAUGAGUCCAGUCUACCAGAGCCUACACCACUACACCAACCAAUCAGAUUCAGUUUACCAGAGUCUAAACCCCAACACCAACCAAUCAGAUUCAGUCUACCAGAGCCUAAACCCCAACACCAUCCAAUCAGAUUCAGUCUAUCAGAGUCUAAACCCCAACAUCAACCAAUUAGAUUCAGUCUACCAGAGUUUAAACCCCAACACUAACCAAUCAGAUUCAGUCUACCAGACUCUAAACCCCCAACAUCAACCAAUCCGAUUCAGCAUACCAGAGUCUAAACCCAACACCAGCCAAUCAGAUUCAGUCUACCAAAGUCUAAACCACCACCAAUCAGAUUCAGUCUACCAGAGCCUAAACCCCAACACCAUCCAAUCAGAUUCAGUCUAUCAGAGUCUAAACCCCAACAUCAACCAAUUAGAUUCAGUCUACCAGAGUUUAAACCCCAACACUAACCAAUCAGAUUCAGUCUACCAGACUCUAAACCCCCAACAUCAACCAAUCCGAUUCAGCAUACCAGAGUCUAAACCCAACACCAGCCAAUCGGAUUCAGUCUACCAAAGUCUAAACAACAACCAAUCAGAUUCAGUCUACCAGAGCCUAAACCCCAACACCAUCCAAUCAGAUUCGGUCUACCAGAGUCUAAACCCUAACACCAACCAAUCAGAUUCAGUCUACCAGAGCCCGGAUCCCAGAAGCAGAGAUCCAGAUUCAGAUUACUACAGUCAAAAGCUCAACACCACUUGGUCAGAUCAGGUCUACCAAAGCUCCAACACCAACCCAGGGGCAGUCUUUGUACAAGGCUAAAGUAGGCAGCUGCCUAGGGCCCCCAUCAGCCAAAGGCUGAAA